AUGCGUUACGUGGCCGCGUAUUUGUUAGCUGUGCUCGGUGGAAAGGCUUCCCCAGCAGCCUCCGACCUCGAGAAGAUCCUCAGCUCUGUCGGUAUUGAAGCUGAUUCUGAGAGACUGAAGAAGGUCAUCGAUGAACUCAGCGGCAAGACCGUUGAGGACCUGAUCGCUCAAGGUCGUGAGAAGCUGUCAGCCAUGCCAGCUGGAGGUGCUGCACCGGCCGCUGCCGCUGCUGCUGCUCCUGCCGCCGCUGCUGCUGAGGAGAAGAAGGAAGAGAAGGAGGCCAAGAAGGAAGAAUCUGAAUCUGAAGAUGAAGAUAUGGGCUUCGGUCUCUUUGACUAA